AUGGAAGGAAACCAAUCAUGGCCUCCAGAAUUCAUCCUAGUGGGAUUCCAUCUCAGGACAGAGAUAGAAGUGCUUCUCUUCUGUAUUUUUUUGACCUUAUACAUCUCCAACCUGUUGGCAAAUGGCAUAAUCCUGGGACUCAUUUGGCUAGACACCAGACUACAUACCCCCAUGUACUAUUUCCUUGCUCAUUUGGCUGUCAUUGAUGUCUGCUAUGCUUCUGGAAAUCUACCCAACAUAUUGGAAAACUUUGUGAAACACAAAAAAACAAUCUCUUUUUUCUCGUGUGUCACGCAGAUGAUUUUGUUUUUGACUUUUGCUGCAGUAGAGUGCAUGAUCCUGGUGGUGAUGUCAUAUGACAGGUAUGUGGCCAUCUGCCACCCUCUUCAGUACACUGUCAUCAUGAACUGGAGAGUGUGCACAGUCCUGGCCGUUGCUUCCUGGACAUGUGCAAUUUCUCUUACACUAACGCAUCUUAUACUUUUUCUAAAGUUGCCCUACUGUGGGCUUCAGGAGGUGAAUCACAUAUUCUGUGAAAUCUUAGCUGUUCUCAAAAGUUCCUGUGGGGACACAAGAAUUAACCAGAUGUUUGUUUUCGCCUCUGGUACGUUUGUGAUUGUUGGACCCCUUUCUCUGAUGCUGGUCUCCUACAUACGCAUCCUCUGGGCCAUCUUGAAGAUCCAGUCAGGGGAGGGCCAGAGGAAGGCCUUUUCCACGUGUUCCUCCCACUUCUGUGUAGUUGGACUAUACUUUGGCAUCGCCAUGAUGGUUUACUGUAUCCCAGACAGUGGUCACCAGGCAGAGCAGCAGAAAAUCCUUUCUCUGUUCUAUACCCUCUUAAACCCACUGCUCAACCCCCUCAUCUACAGCUUAAGGAAUGCUCAAGUGAAAGCUGCCUUGUGCAAAGUAUUGCAGCAGCAGAGGACAAUCUGA